AUGGCAAAACAUCUGAAGUUCAUUGCCAGAACAGUGAUGGUACAGGAAGGGAACGUGGAAGUUGCAUACAGGACUCUAAACAGAAUCCUUACCAUGGAUGGGCUCAUUGAGGAUAUUAAGCGACGGCAGUACUAUAAGAAGCCAUGCUGCCGGCGACAGCGAGAAAGCUAUGAAACUUGCCGGCAGAUCUACAACAUGGAAGUGACUUGUGAGAUCAACUUCUUGAUGCGAAAGAAUCAAGCAGAUCCGUGA